UUGCCUCCAACCCUCUGUUUUGCCUCCAAAUCCUUCAAACGUAUGAAGCCAAUUACUCUGUGAACUCCAUCGGCAGCGAAAUUCAGUUGUAACCAUGGUCGAUAUGAAUAAUCAAGAUAAUAGACAGAAAUUACAACAAGUGAGCUCUUUAACUGCAUAUGCUGGGAGCUUGGUAGUUGAACAUUCUUGCUCGAUACCAAAUGAAAUACGGCUUGAGGGAGAACAAGUUAGAAAUGAAUUAUUGAGCUAUCUAUUCUUGAGUGAACUCUGUUUUAAUAUUAUAAGGAUGACUCCUUCGGCUUUCAUCGGGUUAUGCAAGAUUUUGAUUAGAGACGGUGGUCUUAGACCAACGCUUCAAGUUACUGUUGAAGAACAAGUUGCAAAAGCCCUUUGGUUGUUAGCACAUAAUAUGACAAAUCGCGAGUUAUCUUUAAUCUUUCGGCGCUCUGGGGAGUCGGUUAGUCGUCAUUUUCAUACUGUCUUGCGAGCUAUUUUGGGGUUGUAUGAAAAAUUUAUUAAACAACCAGACGGCUCCCAAGUUCCUUCUGAAAUUGCCAGCAACCAAAGAUUCUACCCAUACUUUAAGGAUUUUAUUGGUGCAAUCGAUGGAACACAUAUACGUGCUAAAGUUUCACAAGAUGAACCACCCAAAUAUCGUGGGAGGAAAUAUUAUCCAACACAAAAUAUAUUGGCUGCAUGUACGUUUGAUUUAAAAUUCACGUACGUAUUAGCUGGAUGGGAAGGGACAGCAUCUGAUUCAAGAAUCAUGAAAGAAGCACUAACUAGACGAGAACCGUUAAAAAUUUCCAAAGGUAAAUACUACCUUGUUGAUGGAGGAAUCAUGUUGAGAAGUGGGCUUAUCACACCUUAUAGGGGAGAGUGGUAUCACUUGAAAGAGUAUUCAAGAAAUCCACCUCGAAAUCCUCGUGAAUUGUUUAAUCUGCGACAUGCAUCUUUGCGUAAUGCUAUUGAACGAGCAUUUGGAGUUCUUAAAAAGAGAUUUCCUAUAAUUGCUAGUUCAACUGAGCCAUCAUAUGGUGUUGGUACCCAAAAACUUAUUAUUUUUGCGUGUUGUAUUUUGCACAACUAUUUAAGAGGAGUAAAUCCAAACAAUGAGUUACUUGUACAAGUGGAUGUUGAGCUUAUAGAAUAGUGAUAGUGUGCUUGAAGAACCGUCAAAUUCUAGACGAAACACAAAGAGGAGAGACAAUUCGAGAUCAAAUUGCAGCUAGCAUGUGGUCUAACUACCAAGCUUAAUUUUUUUUGAAUGAAAACUUAAAUGAUAUUUAUUCGUAAUGUCAUUUACUUUAUUUAAUGUUCAAUUUGCUAGAUUCACGUGUUCGUAAAUUCAUUGUUUGAAUUGCAGCUAUUAUGUGUAAUACAAUUUCCUAUAUGUAUAAUGGAUGUUUUUUUUCCCCUUAUAUCCUCUGAAUGUGUAUAAGUGAAGUAUGCUAUUAUCUAAAUUAUUUUAAUUAUGUAGUUGGCAACUAUGCCGAAAAAGUCAAAAGCAGACUCAAGUGAUACAGAGGCUUCAGAUAAUUCUUCUAUUGUUUGGUCACAAGUCAUGGAUGAUGUGUUAAUUGACGCAUACCACCAUGAGCACGUUGACGGAAAUAGGGUUGGUGGAACAUUCACUUCAACUGCAUUGAAUAAUAUACUAAGGAAACUUCAAGAUAAAUUUCCUGGCAAACUUUUCACAAAGGAGAAACUUCACAAUCAUGUCAAGGUUAUUAAAAGGCAGUUUGCCAGGUGUUAUGAUAUAUUUCAAAAUGGUGGAUUGAGUGGGUUUGCAUGGGAUCCUACCACAAACAAGUGGUGUGCCGAAUCAGAAGCAUGGGAUCAAUUAAUUCAGGCUAAGCCGGCAGCUAAGGAAUGGAAGGACAAGCCAAUCAGAAAUUUUGAUAAGUUACUUGUAAUAUAUGGAAAAGAUAGAGCUACUGGAAAGUAUGCUGAGACUGGACCAGAAAUGUUGAGAAGAUGUGCUCGUGAUAAUUUGAAAAGACCAAGUACUACCUCUGUGACAAUUGAUGAUAUAGAUGAACUGGUUUCUGAGAAUGUUGCCUCCUUGGAAAAUACAGAGGAAUAUGGUCAAGCUGAGCAUGAGCAACCAACCGAUGCUGCCGCUAAAUUGAAUGUCUCUUCACGAACACCGCUAACUAAUAAGACUAAACGGGCAAAAAAAGAUCAUGUUGGAGAAAUGGCUACUUUGUUGAGAGGCGGACUGGAUCAUUUGGCAAGUGCCAUCAACCGUCUUUCAACACUACCACCGAUUCCAGAGUCUGAGAUAUGGGCAAUGGUAAAUGAGAUGGGAUUGGAACCGACUUUGAUCACAAGAGCUUAUUCAUAUAUUUGUCAACAUGCAGACUUUUGUCGAAUGCUGAUUGGAGCCCCAUGGGAAGCAUCCGCGAUGCGUGAUGAAAAUUGAGUUAGACUAGUAUUCUUGAUCGUAUUAUUAUUACUACCUAGUAGUGGGUUUUAUUAGUAAUUUAUAUUUUGAUGUGAUAAAUUUUAUGUUAUGGAUUAAAAUUGCUGAAUUGGUGUUUUCAACUAUUAUAUCGUCACCAAUGUAACAGGUAUUUCUUGUGGUUGCUUUCAGUUGAUUUGGACAUUUUUGAUAUCUUUAGUAAUUUAUUUAUUGAUA